UUGUUGGCUAGCCGAACCCCCCUCCCACUGCGCAGUCGUGUUGGGCCAAAACACAUUGCCCAGAAAUCUGCUCGCUCGUUUUUCGCCCGCAGGCGCGCGGCUUCCUCCCGUCCGCCCCCAUCCGUGGUCGCCGGCCUCCGUCCCCACCACCACCGCCGCCCCAAGCCCGUCGCCGGACCUCCCAUCUGCCGGAUCGGGAGGUCCUCCGCCGGUGCCGGGCUUCCUCCGCCGCGGCCGGCGCUUUCGUCCGCCGGAUCCGGAUCCCGACGCUCCGUCCUCCCCAGGCGAAUCCCGCCCGCCGCCCUGUCUAUCGCCGGCUGGGAGGCUCCCCGACGCCCUAUUCAACGUCGGCCAAGAUCCCGCCAGCCGCUCGCCCCCGUACCCUGCACAGCCGCUGCCGACGCAUCUCGGGCGCCCCACCGUCGAGUCCUCGUGGCCUCCCCGACGCCGACGUCGACGUCCAUUCUCCGCUCUCGCCACCUUCCAUUCUCCCCGACCACAAGAUUAUUUCUUUGGUGCACUCAUGAUUUAGCACCAUUUACAUUGACCUCCAACUCUGGUGACAUAGGCUGUUGCUAGGGUAGCAAAUCAAGAGCUAAGAAUGGCGGAUUCAAUGGUAGCGAGCUUCUGGGGGCCUGUUACAUCAACGACUGAGUUGUGUGAAGAGAAUUAUGCACACUCAUCAUAUAUCGCCGAAUUCUACAAUACCAUCUCUAAUGUCCCGUGCGUUCUUUUGGCGCUUAUUGGAUUAGUGAAUGCUUUCCGCCAAGGUUUUGAGAAACGGUUCAGUGUCCUUCACAUAUCCAAUAUGAUACUUGCUAUUGGGAGUAUGAUUUUCCAUGCCACCUUGCAACUUCUUCUACAACAGAGUGAUGAGACUCCGAUGGUUUGGGAGAUCCUUCUUUAUAUGUAUGUCCUUUAUUCACCGGACUGGCAUUACAGGAGCACGAUGCCAACUUUCCUUUUCCUAUAUGGUGCUGCCUUUGCAGUAGUUCAUUUCUUUGCCCGGUUCCAAGUUGUAUUCAAGUUGCAUUACAUUGGCCUCUGCUUCCUCUGCAUCCCCCGGAUGUACAAGUACUACAUACAGACGAAAGACGUGGCUGCGAAGCGGCUUGCAAAGCUGUGGGUUCUUACACUAACCCUUGGGACUCUCUGCUGGCUAGUUGAUCGCAUCUUCUGUAAGAAGCUUUCACAUUGGUAUGUCAACCCGCAGGGGCACGCAUGGUGGCAUGUGCUUAUGGGCCUCAACUCAUACUAUGCAAACACAUUCCUAAUGUUUUGUCGGGCUCAGCAACGUGGAUGGGAGCCACGGAUCACACACCUCCUUGGAUUCUUGCCUUAUGUCAAGGUCCAGAAACCAGAAAAGAGGGAAUGAUUAAUGUCUCUGUUGAACACUGAUGCUAUUCAGUACGCCACCAGUAAGCUAAUGCCCCCAAUGUGCGCAGACAAGUUGUGGCAUUUUUUUUUUGUAUAUGGGCAUCCAAAUGAUUACGGACUAUAAAUGUUCCGAUGUCACAAUAGAGUUUUGGUAACUUUUGACUGACACCUGUUUUGUACUAUACUUAAUCAUCGAACAGAGAUUAGUUGGAGUGUUGGUGUCCUAGUUUUGGCCAUCUUUGUUUUGGUUUCUUUGAAAUUGCCUUUUGGUGCUAAUAGGUCUAAGUUAUUGAUUUAUUCGUUUGUCGUUGAAUGGAGUCCAGUUGUACUAAUUACCACUCCGCUUGGAGAUACAUCCAUCCAUUUGGUAACGUUAAUUCGGUGACUUGUGUUGCUGCCAAUAGACAA